AUAUGAUCUCUUUCACGUAAUCACGUUGUCACUCUAGCGAAUGGCAGAGUCGUCAUGUCACUUCCGUUGUGGAUGGGAGGACGAGGAGAUGCGAUUUUUGUGAUCAGCGGUUCAAUUUGUGUUGUGCGCUCUUUUCAACUUUCUUUUUUUUCUUCGUUCGCGAUUAAAUUUAGUGUCGGGAAUCUCGUCUGGGGUUGUUUAGAACUUUGGAAGUUCAAGCUAAGAACAGGGCGAAUUCGUUUGUGUGGGCGGGCGCUACGAGGUGCUGGCUAUCAAGAUCAGCGCGAAAUUCUGGACCACUUUUUUCCCCUCUCUUUUUGACGUGAAUGAGGAAUACCUUGAGUUCCUGCACUCUGCUGAAACUGGCUCAGACGGGGCCACUGGCAGUGGCACCUUGAUGGUUUGAUCCCAGUCUCAAUUUGAGCUCAAACUUCUGUGUCCAAAAUCCAUGUGCCGCCACAAAAGAGUCUGUAGCUGUUGGCUUCCUGGGGGGUGCAGAUGGGGCAGCUCAUGCUACAGUAGAGUAGGGUGUUGUCCUCCUCGCCUUGCUUCCUCAAAAUAGUUAUUGCUGAGGAGUCCAAAGGUAGAAAUCUGUGCAAGGUGAAGGUGUAGCUCCCGUUUGUGGUGGAGUGGUCCUUCCAUUCCAUGGACCAAGACCAUGGCCUUGUCACUGUCCAAGAGUGGCCGCUUAGGCGCUUCGCUUUUCAUCCUGACAAAUAGAUGUCUUGAUUUGGUUAACAGGGGACGUGUAUAAAUUUGUUUGAUCAGGAAAGUGACACUAAACAAGGCCGCCUAGGAGCGUGUGAGAAACAGGAUUAAGGGAGGAGGUUUGAAUCAUCCCUUAUUUCAGUUCGUCGAUGUUUGGGUGUGCAUUUUUCUCCGCUUCAUGUACCAUUGCAUGUGUGAUAAAAUUUGUCUAUGAGCUGCUGCACUUGGAACACAUUGUGGAUUUAUAUGGAUUCCGCUAUCCCAAUCUGACUUAAUUUGAACUUGCAUGGCAUGCUCAUUGCAGAUUUGUUAGUGAUUCAAUGCUUCCAUAGUUCCAUGCUCUCUGUUCCUUGAUUAACAAAAUGAAAUUUCUUUUCAGGAAAAUUCAUAAGCUUCAUGAAAAGAACAAAAAAAGCCAAAUAAUAUGACUACAAAUACAAUUGAUGAUCAACACAAUGAGAAAGAAGAGAAACCUGCUAGUGAAAUGGUUAACAUGCCACAAGAGAAGGAUAAAGAAAUCAAGGUUGACACGCCACAAGUGGAGAAGGAUAAUGAAAUGAAGGUCGAUGCGCCACAAAAGGAACAUGAUGAUGAAAUGAAAAUUGAUGCACAGCAAGAGAAAAAAGAUGAACAGAUGGAAGUCAAUGGAUCACCAAUGCAUGAAAAUAUAGAACCAGCCAAUUUACCUCCCUCAGAGCAUAAGAAAGAAGACGAGGACCUGAUGAACAGUACUGAAGAUAAAGCAGCAUCAGAUCCAAAGGGGGAGAAUGAGAAGACAUCAAAUGAGGAAUCAGGCCAGGACAAGGCACUUAAGAAGCCAGAUAAGAUUCUACCUUGUCCUCGGUGCAACAGCAUGGAUACAAAGUUCUGCUAUUACAACAAUUACAAUGUUAAUCAACCAAGACACUUCUGUAAGAAUUGCCAGCGGUACUGGACUGCAGGGGGCACUAUGAGGAAUGUACCUGUUGGUGCUGGGCGGCGCAAAAGUAAGAAUUCAUCAUUGCACUACCGUCAGUUACUGAUGGCCCCUGAUUGUAUGCUGGGGUCUAGAGUGGACAUAUCAAAGUCAGUGCUCCCUGAAGCUCUUGUAUCUCCACCUGCCCCGAUACAGCCAACCAGUAGAAAUGAAACAGUUCUAAAAUUUGGGCCUGAGGUGCCACUUUGUGAAUCAAUGGUGUCAGCAUUGAACAUUGAUGAGCAGAAUGUAAACAACUCUGGAUCAGCACCAAGAGGUGAAAAUAGGGAAGAUAACCCUGGACCUGGCACAUCAUACAAUGGUGUGCCUGAAAACAUGGUUCACGUCGAUAAGAACGGAGCACCAGUUCAUUGUAACGGAGUUGCCCCAGUGCCACAAUAUUACCUUGGUACCCCUUUCAUGUACCCUUGGAAUGUAGGAUGGAACAAUGUCCCUGUGAUGGCGCCAGGUAAAAGUAUGCCCGAAUCUGCUCCUGCUUCUGCUUCAGAGAGCUGCAGUACUAGUUCAGCUCUAUGGAUGAACUCUCCCAUGAUUCCAGCCUCAAGAUUUCCUAGUCCAGCAUUUCCAUACCCACUUGUGCCACCUGCGCUUUGGGGUUGUUUGUCUGGAUGGCCAGUGACAACUUGGAACAUACCAUGGAUCAGAGCUAAUGGUUGCGUGUCACCGUCGUCAUCAAGCAACAGCAGCUGCUCGGGCAAUGGGUCUCCUACUCUGGGUAAACAUUCCAGGGACUCUAAUCCAAUGAAAGAGGAGAAGAGAGAGAAAUCACUGUGGGUUCCCAAGACACUCCGGAUCGAUGAUCCUGAUGAAGCUGCAAAGAGCUCAAUAUGGGCCACCCUUGGCAUCAAACCCGGAGACCCUGGCACUUUCAAGCCUUUCCAGUCCAAGGUCGAGAGCAAGGGACAGAGAUCAGACGCUGCUCAGGUUUUGCAGGCGAAUCCAGCAGCAUUAUCACGCUCGCAAACGUUCCAGGAGAGCUCUUGACUUCAUACCUUCAGUCUAUCUUAUAGUUUUGGUACUGUAAUGCUUACAUGCUAGUAGAGUUUUGCGGUAUGUGAAAAGAUCAGCAGAGAGCUUCUUGUAUAGCCACCUAGUGGCUCUUGCAAAGAGCUUCCAUGAGAACUCCUUACGAGAUAUGUAUGUAUUGUAAAUACUUGACAUACUGGUGUUGUAUAUUCAGUAUUAAGCAGAUUCAGGAAUAGACUCGCCUCUCACCUGGUUUGGCUCUGGUUUAUGCUGUAAACAGUUAACAUGUAGUAGAUAAUGUUGCAGUGAAUGAACUAAAUAUACUAUCAAAUGAAUCGUUUUGACAGUCA